CAAAACCAGUCCGCUUCGCUCCGUUGGCCGCGACGUACUAUUCAUUUGUUUUUAAUUAUAAACGAGUUUGUGUAUUAUCUGUGUGCAACUGUUACGAGGUGAAUUUCGGUGUUAUCUAUGGUCCACAUUCUUUUAGUGUUAGAGGCAAAAAUUUGGGAAUAGUGUGAGAAAUUGUACGAGACGAUUCAAAGAGUCCUUAUCGCGGGCCAAAAUGUCGAGUGGAGGGACUACGGGGCCUCUCCUGUACGCCGUGUUUGCGGCGGUACUAGGAAUGCUACAGUUUGGCUUUAACACCGGAGUUAUAAAUGCCCCUCGAACGUUUAUAGAAAACUUCAUCAAUGAAAACUAUGACGUCAAUAGCGGGGUUGUCUUCAGUGUUAUCGUCAGUAUCUUCGCUGUGGGUGGUAUGAUCGGUUGCCCGCUAGCCAGCUGGAUUGCCGACAAGCGCGGUCGCAAAUUUGCCCUGAUGAUCAAUGCGGCGUUCGGCAUCGUUGGUGCUGUCUUGAUGGGCUUCAGUAAAACUUCAACGUCGCUCGCCAUGCUCAUUAUUGGCCGAUUUUUCAUUGGCAUCAAUUGUGGAUUUGCUACAACGGCAUCGCCAACUUACGUCUCCGAAAUGGCACCAGUACGUCUGCGUGGUGCAUUUGGUACAGUUAAUCAAUUAGCUGUGGCGUUUGGUUUGGUUGGAGGACAAAUUCUCGGCAUUGAUGUUAUUUUGGGCAGCGACGAAGGAUGGCCCUGGCUUCUGGGAUUAGCCAUUAUACCGUCAGCUGUCCAAUUGAUUAUGUUGCCUUUCGCACCAGAAUCCCCGCGAUAUCUUUUACUUUCACAACGGGAUGAGGAACAAGCUAGAAAAAUUCUAUCCAGUAUCAGAGGUACAAAUGAAAUCGACGAUGAAAUCAGAGAUAUGCAGAUUGAGGAUCAAGCUAUGAAAAAUGAGCAGAAAUUUACAAUUGGCGAUUUAAUUCGUAUUGAUUCGUUAAGAACACCCUUAAUUAUUGGUAUAGUGAUGCAUUUAUCGCAACAAUUGGGCGGCAUCAAUGCAGUGUUAUAUUUUUCGUCAUCGAUUUUCAUAAAGACUGGUCUUUCGGAUGGAGAUGCUCGUCUAGCAUCAAUUGGAGUCGGCAGUAUGCUGUUUAUAAUGGCUUUGGUAUCGAUUCCUUUAAUGGACCGUCUCGGCAGGAGAACAUUGCAAUUGGUCGGCCUCGGUGGAAUGACAGUUUUCUCAGUGCUCAUGACUGUAGCAUUUUUCACGUACGAGAACAAUCAGACGAUGAGCGUAUUCGCUGUUAUAUUUACCUUACUGUAUGUCGGUUUCUUCGGCGUUGGACCGAGCUCCAUACCUUGGAUGAUUUUGUCCGAAUUGUUUGGCCAAGGUGCAAGGAGCGCAGCUGUGAGCGUUGGGGCUUUAGUCAAUUGGUUGGCCAAUUUUGUCGUUGGUUUAACUUUCAUUCCUAUGUCUGAUCUUUUAGGUAACUACGUAUUUUUACCGUAUACGGUGUUGUUGAUCUUAUUCUAUGUAUUCACGUAUUUCAAAUUACCCGAAACGAAGAACAGGACUAUAGAGGAGGUGACGGCUCUAUUCAAAAAAUAGUCACGAUCAUGAGGGCGUUAUGUCGACAUCACAUUCCUUAUAAUAUUAUAAUUGCAAUAAGUCUACUUUACCGAUUGUGAUAGUUACUGUAUUAUACUAUUUUAUAGAUACUGAAAGCAGUUUUCAAGACCCAGUGUUUAUUCUUUGAAGUCGUUUACGAUUUCUAUGGGUCCAGCGUAAGUUUUGACGUUACCUCGGAGAAUUUAGUCUGUAUAAAAUAAUAAGUAAUUAUUAAUAAUAAAUCAUUUUUGUAUCUCGAGAGUUUAACAUAAAAAGUUUAUAGAAAUAAUGCAAUUUGUCAGAACUUACGCUGGACUCCUUUGUUAGGAAGACUGAAACCUUACUUACGUAUAUCUUGAUAUUCUAGCAAAGUACUUAUUCGGAUACUUCUUUAAUAUACAAAUUUAUUAGAAUAAAUUAUAAAGUAACCUAGUUCACGUAUCUAUAAUGUUAAAUUUUGCUGCAAUUGUUAAUUUAUUUUAAAAACUUGUGAAAUAAUGAUUUUUCACAAAGGUAAGAGGACCAACAUAUAUAAUUUAUAUUAUAUAUACGUUGUAUGCACAAUUUCUUUGUUUAUAUUCGGUGCUGCUUUUUUAAUGUUUUUACGAAUUUUUAUGCUUGUUUCAAUCACAGUGCCUUAGCUUUGUUUGUUGGUUUGAAAUAUUUCAUAAACACCGUUGAUUAUUGUUAAGUUAAAAGAUUAUAUGGGUCCUAAAUUUUCUUUAAAAACAUUAUUUAAUAUCAAUAAAUAAUAGAUGGCGGACAUGUGCAUAUCUCUCUUGCACAAAGGCGAAAGGUUAUUCUCUGUCACUGUCACUCUUAUGGCGCGUGAUGCACCAUUUUACUAUUUAUUGAUACAGAUUAUAAAUAAUAACUAAGAGUAACACCAAUCAUAACUAUUUUAUAUCUUUUCUAUAGUAACAUUAGAUUUUCACCGUCCUAGUGUAUUUUAGUGCCAAGUUAACCUUAGGCGCGAGUUUGUAUAUUCUAAAAAAUUACUUGCGUACAGUAUUUCUUAUAAUCAUAUUUAAAUUAUAAACAUCUAUAUAAUAAAGCUAAAUGCAUUCCGUUGUAGAACUCAUAACUCGCUCUACAGGCACAUUAUUCAUUAAUCACCAUUAAUUAAGUGAAAUAAAUGUAUGAAAUAAAGAUAUAUCUAUUAACAUACGUUAUUUAGUGUGGUUUAAGGAUGGUUGAAUUGUCUCGAAAUAUGAUGCGAUAAUGAUCUUUAAUACAAUUUGAUACAGUUUAAUUUC